AUGUUCAACCAGAAAAUAUACAAGGAUGGAAUCAUCCGUCGCUGGGACUAUCCAAGUGAGGUCCAUGAUAACAUCCUGACAGCUGACGGCUAUUAUUUAACCAUGAACAGAAUUCCUUAUGGCAGAGGAGGCAAACAUGGUUCCAGACCUGCUGUCUUGGUGAUUCCUGGAUUAAUAAUGGAAAGUAGCACCUGGGUCUCCAAUAUACCCAAUAACAGUUUGGGCUUCAUCUUGGCAGAUGCUGGUUACGAUGUUUGGCUUGGGAAUGUUAGAGGAACAUCCUGGUCGAGAAAGCACCAGAACCUUUCAGUCUUGCAACAGGAAUUCUGGAAUUUCAGCUUUCAUGAAAUGAGCCUCUAUGACCUUCCAGCCAUGAUAGACUACAUUCUGCAGGAAAAUGGCCAAAAGCAGAUCUAUUAUGUUGGACACUCUCAAGGUGCUACUUUAGGUUUCAUAGCCUUUUCUAUGAUGCCAGAGGUGGCUGAAAAAAUCAAGUUAUUCUUUGUUUUUGCUCCUGCGUACACAUUUCAGAACAGCAAAGGCCCAGUAAUCCAGAUAUUAUUUUUUCCUGAUUUUCUUAUAAAGGUUAUAUUUGGCACGAAAGAAUUCCGCUUAUUAAGUAGAAGUCUGAGAGCAUUAGUUGCUAAGAUUUGCAGCAACCAAUUAGUACAAAACAUUUGUGCCCAAGGCCUUUACCUUAUAGGUGGCUUCAAUAAGAACAGCUUAAAUGUGGUAUGUAUGUAUAGCCGAGUUGAUGUUUACCAGGCUCACUUUCCAGACUUUACAUCUGUAAAAAAUAUUGUACACUGGGGUCAGGCAGCAAAAACAGGGGAACUGAAAUAUUUUGACUACGGCUGCAAGAACGAAGAAAAAUACCAUCAGAAAACUCCGCCAUUCUAUAAAAUAGAAGAUAUGACUGUGCCAACUGCUGUGUGGAUCGGGGGGCAAGACUGGUUGUCUCGCCCAAAGGACAAUGCAAAAUUAAUACCUCGAAUUUCUAAUCUCAUUCACUACAAGUGCUUUCCUGACUGGAGCCACUUUAAUUUCCUCUGGGGACUUGAUGCACCUGAACGCCUUUAUUCAGAAGUGCUUGAUAUGAUGAAGAGAAACCCAUUAGAAACCUGGGAUUUUUAGGGAGGGGGGAGACAGUUUUUUUUUUAAUUCCACUGGUUUUCAAAGAGUAAUUCAAGUCAGGUGUUGUUGUACUCCUAUUGAUUUUUAUAUAAAAAUAGAACAAAGCACCUUGGUGGGAGAGUGUGCAAAUCU